GAUAGGGCUGUGGGAUAUGUAAAGCCUCUAGAAUUUAAUUUUAAACGUUUAAAAAUUAUAAUAUAAAUCGAAGGCGCAGAUAUACAUUGAUUAAUGAUUAUAAAGAAUGAGUGUACGUGUGAAGUGAUGUCGGUGUCUCUCUCUUCUGCUCUGCGGACGGGAGUGACAGGCGCAUAUUGUGUAUAUUCGGGUGUGCCAGAAAUCUGCGCUGGGCGCUCGAGCGCUGCUCUCCAUCCUCACGAGCGCGUCACAUUGAGAUUUGCAGGUGCGGUAUGAAUCUUAUCUCAGCAUUUAUUCUGUCAAACAAAAUCACUGUGUAUUUUGUUUCACUGCUUUGAGACGCGCGAAUAGGAUAAAGUAGGUUGGACCGCGGGUGCGCAUUUAAGACAACCGAGAGGAUAGAGACAUUUUCUUGUUGCAACGUUCGGUGCGCGUGAAUCCGAGAUGAAUGGACACGCAUAAUAUGAUGCUACCCAAGUGUCGUCGUCUGAAUGUGAGAGAUUUCUGUUAAAUUUCGACAGCAGGGGAAGAUGUUUAUAUCUUAUAUCUUAUCUUGGCAACAACCGUUUGGAUUGCAUAAAAUAGAUUACUGUUUUUAUUGACUAUUUUUGUUUACAUAUAACCGUACACAGUCUUUUAAGGUUGGAUUAUUCUCAAAUCAUCUUAUUUUUCAUCAUUAAGUAUUAAUACGGCAAAUUCCUUUGGGCGUAUUGUUGCUGAUACAGUGCAUGCUCUUCAUAUCAGUGUAGUAAUUUAUCUUGCUGUCCCAAGUGUGAUUAUUCACCUUAAUGAGAUUGGCUGGAUGCAUAUAGACUGAAUCAGAGGAGAGCUGGAACAGAACAUCACUGGAGUCACCGACAGACUUCCACAUCCACGCUGAACGAAUCAAUGUGACAUCUGGCACUAAAAGUGCUUAGUCUGUCCUGACAACUGUGUGCUGUACUGUCUGUGGCUCGAGUUUAAGCAACAUCAUGGAGGACUGAAUCCAGAUUGACCAUAAAGUGCAUCAACAAAAGGAAUAUAUAAGAAAUCUUAACUGAAUCCAAAUUGUCAGACUGAAUCUAGAUAGAAUCUAAAUCCAGAGAGUACAGAGUCCAGAUUAAAUUUGACGAGGAUCUCUGUCCGAGACUGACUGAAUCCAGAUUAGACCUGAAUCCAGAGAGCAUCUGUGUCCUGACUGAAUCCAGAUUGGACCUGAAUCCAGACAACAUCUGAGUCUAGACUGAAUCCAGAUUGGACCCUGAAUCCAGACAACAUCUGAGUCCAGACUGAAUCAAGAUUGGACGUGAAUCCAGAGAGCAUCUGAGUCCAAAUCGAAUCAAUAUUUGACCUGAAUUCAGAAAGUAUUUGAGUCAAGACUGAAUCCAGAUUGGAUCUGAAUCCAGAGAGGUCCAAGUCCAAACCAAGUCCAUUUCAUAUUGGACUGAUUCUCUCUAUGAUCCCUGGCACAUCUGCAACAAUGCUCCCAGCCACGGAGGCAGCCAAGAUCUAUCAGACCAACUAUGUGAGGAACUCUCGUGCCAUCGGGGUCCUGUGGGCCAUCUUCACAAUCCUUUUCGCCAUUGUGAACGUGGUAUGUUUCGUUCAGCCCUACUGGAUCGGGGACGGCAUGGACACGCCGCAGGCCGGCUACUUUGGCCUCUUUCACUACUGUAUAGGGAGCGGUACGUCCCGGGACCUGACGUGUCAGGGUAGCUUCACCGAGUUUAGCUCCAUCCCGUCAGGCGCCUUUAAAGCAGCAUCCUUCUUCAUCGGGAUGUCCAUGGUGCUGGUGCUAUCCUGCAUUGGCUGCUUUGCCCUCUUCUUCUUCUGCAGUACAGCCACUGUGUAUAAGAUCUGCGGAUGGAUGCAGCUGGCAGCAGGUACGUGUCUGGUGCUGGGCUGUAUGAUUUAUCCUGACGGCUGGGAUGCGGAUGAAGUGAAGAGAAUGUGCGGAGAAGAAACUGAUAAAUACACCAUCGGAGCGUGCUCAGUGCGCUGGGCAUACAUCCUGGCCAUUAUGGGCAUCAUGGACGCCCUCAUUCUCUCCUUCCUGGCUUUUGUGUUGGGCAACAGGCAGGAUGGACUCAUGUCCGAGGAGCUGCUGGGAGACAAGACUGGAAAUGCAUAGAUGGAAGAUACACAUGGGUGUUUUUGCAUCGUUGAAAAUAAAAUUAUGUAAAGUCUCAAUCCAGAUUUCCCAGUCAUCUUGAGUGCAGGAAACCUGACUGCAGCGGUUUGGAAAAUGUUAAAGCGAGGGACAAGAACGAAUGAAAGAAUGAAUUUUGAAAUACUGACUGCUUUUCUGUUCCCAUUUCUUCUUUCACUUUACUUUCCUGGAAAUGCUUUCGACACAUCUCUAGCUUGAUUUACCCCGUUCUGUGCCACUAGCAUGAUAGGAUAGCUCAUGCACCAUUUAGAAACACUACUUUGCUUUGGAUAUCCAUAAAAAUAUAAACCAUAUGUGUAAUUUAUUUCAUGUUUUGUCCCAUCUCUUCAGGCUUCCCUUGUAGUAAUAUAAACAUUUUGUAAAUUACAAAAAAAAUAAAAAAUAAUUCUAUCAGACUGUAAUUUCCAAGUCAAGGCAGGUGUUCUUAUGUAAAGGGAAAUGUGCACAGGCUUCCAGAUGGGACGGAGACUCCGACACAGAGCUGCACCACAGACAUUGUUAAUGUUUCUAUCUGGACCCGUGUUGAAAUACAAGAGCUGUGUUGAGCUACAAGAAUGGACACUAUCAUGACUACUUCACUGAGGCUAAAUUAAUGCAAGUGAUCAUUUAAUGGGGUUUCAAAUGUACAAUUAUUCCACCACUGCAUUCUCUGACAUUGUUUUAAAGGGAUAUGUAAACCGAGGUGGAGAGAAUUCACUGUUAAUAUAAUUGAAUUAAAAAACAUUAAGUGUCAAAAAUAGAGGUGGACAUCUCUGCCAUUAGUAAUUGUGCACAAGCCAAGUAUAUACUGAAGUAGGAGAGUGUUUUAAAGUAUUAUGUAUCAAGUGAACACGUUGAAUUUAUGUGUCUCUAUUUCGAUAUUUCCUUCUCUGCAGUGUUGGUGCUGUAUAGUUAUGUGUGCCAUAUUUAUGAUGUUCAGAACUGGUACCGUUUGUACUCUUGGUGUAGUCAUUUCUGUCCCACCAAGAAAAAAACAAAAAAACAGUCUAGAAUCGCCAAUCUUAAAGAAAAAGUACCUGGAUGAUGUGGUUUCAAAUAAUAAAACCUACAUUAAAUGGCCUCCCUGUGUACCUGUUGUAACUCCCUAUGUCCGUGACUGAUUUUGGAAUAUUUUUGACGAUGCUGGAAGUUUUGAAGGGAUAGAAAAUGGAAGAAAAAAACAAUUUGAGAUGGCUUUGCUUUAUUUAUUGGGUUUCUGUCUUGUCAGAUGGUGUUGAAUGCAGGAAAUGAUGUAAUGAUGUAUAUACAUCAUAAAAAAAAAAAAAAUUCAUUACAAAUAUUAUUUGAAGACAAUUCACCCAGAUAUGAAUGAAUAAAGAUUUUACCUCUACAAAC